CACUCCCCAUUUCCUCUCCUUCUCUACUCUUCCAUUCCCUCUGGAGAGAGAGAGAGAGAGAGAGAGCCCAGCGGCAGAGAUAAACCUUUCGCUGCCUCCUCCUUUCUCGUCGGUUACCCUGAAUCUCGGGCGGCGGGAAUUCUAUCCAUUUUCUCUGAUAUGGGUUCGUCGCUCCUGCCAGAUCUCGGCACCCAGAUACUGAUUCCGGUAUGCGGGGUCAUCGGAAUCGCCUUCGCUCUGUUCCAGUGGGUGCUGGUCUCGUCCGUCAAGCUGUCUCCCGCCGGCGGCAGGGAUGCGGCAAACAAGAAUGGGUACAACGACUCUCUGAUUGAGGAGGAAGAGGGGGUGAAUGACCACAGCGUCGUCGCCAAAUGCGCCGAGAUUCAGAACGCCAUUUCCGAGGGGUCAACCUCCUUCCUUUUCACUAUGUACAAGUAUGUCGGCAUCUUCAUGGUUGCCUUCGCUGUCCUCAUUUUUGUGUUCUUGGGAUCCGUUGAUGGAUUUAGCACAAGUCACCAGGUUUGCACCUAUGACGCUACCAAGAUGUGCAAGCCGGCCCUGGCUACUGCUGCUUUCAGCACCAUAUCUUUCUUGCUCGGUGCAGUGACUUCUGUGGUUUCUGGGUUCCUUGGGAUGAAGAUUGCUACCUAUGCAAACGCUAGGACAACACUCGAGGCAAGGAAAGGAGUCGGAAAGGCUUUCAUUGUGGCCUUCAGAUCUGGUGCAGUCAUGGGUUUUCUCUUGGCUGCAAAUGGUCUGGUGGUUCUCUACAUUACCAUCAAUCUCUUCAAGCUUUACUAUGGUGAUGAUUGGGGUGGCCUUUUCGAAGCUAUUACUGGUUAUGGUCUUGGUGGAUCUUCCAUGGCUCUCUUCGGUAGAGUUGGUGGUGGAAUCUACACCAAAGCUGCUGAUGUUGGUGCUGAUCUUGUUGGGAAAGUUGAGAGGAACAUUCCAGAGGACGACCCCAGAAAUCCAGCUGUGAUUGCUGACAAUGUUGGAGAUAAUGUUGGUGAUAUUGCUGGUAUGGGGUCCGAUCUUUUCGGUUCAUAUGCCGAGGCAUCAUGUGCUGCUCUAGUGGUUGCAUCCAUCUCAUCUUUCGGGAUUAAUCAUGAGUUCACAGCCAUGCUAUAUCCACUCAUUAUCAGUGCAGUAGGAAUCGUUGUUUGUUUGAUCACCACUUUGUUUGCCACUGAUUUCUUCGAGAUCAAGGCUGUAAAAGAAAUCGAGCCUGCUCUGAAAAGGCAGCUCAUCAUCUCAACUGUUCUCAUGACCGUCGGGAUUGCUGUUGUUAGCUGGAUCGCUCUGCCAGCUUCCUUCACUAUCUUCAAUUUCGGAACACAGAAGGAUGUGGCCAACUGGCAACUGUUCUUGUGUGUUGCUGUUGGUCUAUGGGCUGGACUUAUUAUUGGAUUUGUGACUGAGUACUAUACUAGCAAUGCAUACAGCCCUGUUCAAGACGUUGCUGAUUCUUGCCGAACUGGAGCUGCCACUAAUGUCAUUUUCGGGCUUGCAUUGGGAUACAAAUCUGUCAUCAUCCCCAUUUUUGCCAUUGCAGUGAGCAUUUUUGUUAGUUUCAGCUUUGCUGCUAUGUAUGGAAUUGCAGUAGCUGCCCUUGGAAUGUUGAGCACCAUAGCCACUGGCUUGGCCAUUGAUGCUUAUGGCCCCAUUAGUGACAAUGCUGGAGGUAUCGCUGAGAUGGCAGGAAUGAGCCACAGAAUCCGAGAGAGAACUGAUGCCCUCGACGCUGCAGGAAACACCACUGCUGCUAUUGGCAAGGGUUUCGCUAUUGGUUCUGCUGCUCUCGUCUCACUGGCACUCUUUGGCGCCUUCGUCAGCCGCGCUUCCAUCACAACGGUCGAUGUGUUGACACCGAAAGUAUUCAUUGGGUUGAUCGUCGGGGCAAUGCUUCCGUACUGGUUCUCUGCCAUGACGAUGAAGUCUGUAGGAAGUGCAGCAUUGAAGAUGGUUGAGGAGGUUCGUAGGCAGUUCAACACCAUUCCUGGACUAAUGGAAGGUACUGCUAAGCCUGACUAUGCCACCUGCGUCAAGAUCUCCACUGAUGCCUCUAUCAAGGAAAUGAUCCCACCUGGUGCACUUGUCAUGCUCACUCCCCUCGUUGUCGGCAUCUUCUUUGGUGUUGAGACCCUCUCCGGUGUCCUUGCCGGAUCUCUCGUGUCUGGUGUGCAGAUUGCUAUCUCUGCAUCGAACACUGGUGGCGCAUGGGACAACGCCAAGAAGUACAUUGAGGCUGGUGCAUCGGAACAUGCCAGAUCGCUCGGCCCAAAAGGAUCAGACCCACACAAGGCAGCAGUCAUUGGCGACACCAUUGGAGACCCGUUGAAGGACACAUCUGGACCAUCUCUCAACAUCCUCAUCAAGCUCAUGGCUGUCGAGUCCCUCGUCUUUGCCCCAUUCUUCGCCACUCAUGGUGGCUUGCUGUUCAAGCUUUAAGGAAAACACCAAUGGUGAAGUAUUCAACCAGAGGAGCAUCAAGGUGCUUGCUGUCUGGGUUCCUCUUUUGUUUACCCUCUUCCCCUCCCCCCAAAUCUCCCAUCCUUCCAUAGCCUUCAUUCCUUAGAUAGUUCAGAUUAUAUGUAGUCUGUAGCUGUUCGUUGUCUUUGACAAGUCUUUUGAGAUAAACAAACGGGUUUGUAUGUUCUUCUCCCACAUGGGGGGAAAGAGGUCGAUAACGACGAAGAUAUGUAUGACGAGGAGAAGAACAAUGUUGGUUAUGUCGAAUCCUCGUGAUGAAGGCCAGAAGAGAGUUGUGACUUAGUUUUAUAUGUUUCUUCAUUAGCAGGAAAGAACAUUUACAUUUUUCGUGUAAUCCCAGUGUCUUCAUUCAUCUUUUGAGCUCAUUUUCAGUGACAUCUUUUUGGUCUUGCCAAUUCCUCUUUUCUAUUUGAGGUGUGACUGUCUUUGCCGUUACUUUUCCUUGCCUCCUAGUUUACUGAGACUUGGUUAGGAGUACCAUGGAGGAGCUACUGUGCUUUUUCUGUAGCUGUAGCUUGAGUGCUGCACUUGGGUAUCGAAUUGCGGAAGAAUGGUAUGGCCUCCUUUGAGAUCAACUACUUGGUUGCAGUGCAUCGAAUUCUCUGGUUUUCAUUCUUUCUUUCAUUCAUUCAGAUGUUCAAAAGAUGUGUUAGA